AAUCGGUUGUGGCAGCCGUCAUCUCGUAUACAUAAAUAUUGACCUACCUGCUAUCGUUUAUUUAUUUUCAUAUAUAUACAUAUAAAAUUGUUAUCUAUAAAGUGUGUGCGUGUGUAUGUGACGGUUGUUGCUCGCAGAAAUUCCAUAAAUUGCGGUGAUAUUAUACAAGAAUUCAAAUCACAGUCUGAAUGAAAGAAAAAAAGAGAAAUAACAGCAAGAAGAAAAGGACAACAACAAGAGAAAUAUUAAUUACUUUGGUCGAGCUGAAGAAGAAGUUCUACGGCAUAUAUAUUCUUGAAAGUGUGUGAAUUGUGUAAAAUAGAGAAAAAAAAAUCAAAACAAAUCAAUAAUUAGGACACGUACAUUGAAGAAACAUAAAAAAAAGAAACAAGAAAGUAAAGGAAACAAACCGAAAAAAAAGUAACACAAGCGGCUCAAGAACCGAAUAGAGAACGAAAGAAACAGAAAAAAAUACCACACCGAAUACAAUCAAAACAAGUACAGUUAUUUGGAUUUCAACUAGGAUAUUACUAUUGUAGCGACUUUUUUUUUGAUUUGGAUCGAAUCGAUAAAAGCGGUCAACAAUUCGAGCAGAGAGAAUAAUUCGAAGCAUAUUUUUUUUUGUUUUAUAACGUGAAACGCAUUUACACAACAACGACUGGAUAUCGAACCCCCAAUUUUUUAUUUCACUCACUCUUUCUAAUUACUCGAAAAUUGGUUGAGACAGAAUCGUAUUGUUUUCUCGUUCGUUUGAGCUAUAAAUUCCAAGAACGUUUAUUUUUGGUAUAUUCAUUUAACUUCAUCUGACUUUUCAUUUUUGAUUUUUGAAAAAACAAAUUGUCAGAAUGCAUUCAGUUCAAUUCGCAUAGAAGGGGAGCAAAUUCACUUUUAAAAUCAUUCGAAAAGUGAGACGGCAAAAAGACGACAUGCAAGUUAACGUGGCAGGGAUUCGAAGAAAUAUCAAAAACUUAGCGCACAAUUACUCGGAUCCUCAGGUCAAAGUACGUGAAGCAACAUCGAAUGAUCCAUGGGGUCCAUCAGCAACGAUAAUGGCUGAAAUAGCCGACCUCACCUACAAUGUGGUCGCAUUUUCCGAAAUAAUGCAAAUGAUUUGGAAACGAUUGAAUGACCACGGCAAGAAUUGGCGUCACGUUUACAAAGCACUCAUCUUACUCGAGUAUUUGAUCAAGACUGGCACCGAAAAAGUUGCUCAACAAUGCAAAGAAAACAUUUACGCAAUACAAACAUUGAAAGAGUUUCAGUAUUUUGAAGAGGGAAAAGAUCAAGGUUUGCAUGUACGUGAAAAGGCCAAAACAUUGGUGUCGUUGCUAAAAGAUGAUGAACGCUUGAAAAACGAACGAACCAAAGCGUUGAAGGCAAAAGAGCGUUUCGCUCAACAUGCCAGCGGUUUUGGCAGUGAUGGUUCCAUUGAUGGUCCAACGCUAAGCCAUCGGGAUAGCCCAUCUUGGCGCGCCGAAAGUGAAGCAUCACGAUCUGCAUCCGAAUUGGAAUAUGUACGUCCUCAGACAGUGGGCGAGGAGGAGCUACAAUUGCAAUUGGCGAUGGCAAUGAGUCGAGAAGAAGCCGAACAAGAGGAGGCCAAGAGACGCAGCGAUGACGUUCGAUUGCAACUUGCUUUGAGUCAAAGCGAACAAGAUUUUAAAAAACAAGGUAUUGAUCCAACGCCUCAACAGAAGCAGGCACAUGCAAGCCAUUUGAUGGAUUUGUUGGAUAUUUCAUUGGGUGCUGCAUCGAUUUCAGGUCCAUCGCAGGCGAGCGAUCCAUGGGGAAUGCCAAUCUCAGAUCAAAAACCAGCAUCGGAUCCGUGGGGUCGUGCAUCGCCAGCAACAGAUCCUUGGAAUACAAAUACUGGAGCAAUUUCAAGGCAACCACCGAUUCCAUCGCUAGCCGGUGCUAGUAAUGUCGAGAACUGGGUUGCUCGCAAUCAUUCACCAUCGGUUGCAUCUGGAUCGUCCACUGAAGAUUGGUUGCAACUCGAUCAUCGACUGAAUGCUGCUGCUGCCGCUGCCAAUGGCAACGGUAACGGCAAUGUAGCAUCGAAUGCACCGCCAUUGAGCGAUCCAUGGUUGUCGAAACAACAUAAGCCCGAACAGCCCGAUCCAUGGUUGACCAAAGCCCCAGAAACAAAUGCGGAUGCAUGGCAACCAUCCAAAUCGGCUGUCGUUGACCCUUGGGCACCAUCUAACAUAGGCUCUCGACCAUCGCCAAUCGGUGCGCAAACAUCGCCCAACUCAGACUAUGACGAAUUUGAUGUGAUAUCCAACAGAGCAAAAACUCAAAAUCCUAACAACAACAAUAACAACAACACUAGCAAUGCUUUGCUCGAUGAGAUGGAUCCAUUAGCCGCAAAAAAUAAUUCAACGAGAAAAACACCGCAGUCAUUCUUGGGUGAAAAUUCGGCUCUGGUAAAUUUGGAUCAAUUAAUCAAAACAACAAAUCCAACGAAUCCUGGACAAGCGGCCUACAAUCCAUUCGGUGAUUUGAACCAACCACCAAAAACAAAUCUGUUCCAACAGCAAAUGCAACCGGUUCCGUCCAUCAAUCAGCUAAAGCAAAGCCCAUUUCCAGUUAUCUUAAGCCAAGAUCCAUGGGCACCAGUGAACAAUAGCAGUCAGUACGCCACAAAUGUUGAUGGGCAUAAUACAACACAUGAUGAUCAAUACGAUGCGAACGCAAACUACGACGAUGUAUUUGAUACGAAGCACGUUGUUCAAGCCAUCGAAGAUAUACACAUUACCACUAAUCCAACUUACAAUAACAAUUACAAGCUCUAUUACGAUGACGAAUACCAUGACUUCAAUCAAAUCUCCCAAAAAUGCGUUGACAAUGAACGCAAUAAUAUAACCAAUAAUAACCGAAACAAUACGACCGGUAACACCAACAACAACAACAACAACAAUAAUGCUGCAGCGUCCUGGCUCAAUCCAGAAAUGGCCGCAUCCAAUCCAUUCUUAUCGUAAACAGACAUAAACAAACUAUAUAACAAACAAAAAUAGAGACAAAAGAAAAUAAAUCGUCGAUCGAAUUUGUGUGCAUCGUUGUUAUUUUAUAUUAAAUUGUUGCCAGAAUGUUAAAAUUAAAAUCAAUUUACAAAUUGUGCAGUAAACCAAUUAGAGGGACAUACAAUAAAUGAAAACCUAUGAUGAGAAUGCAUGCGGAGAGGGAACGUCUGCCUAAUGUAUAUAUAUUUAACAAAAAGAAGAAAUGAGAAAAAAAAAAAAAGAAUUUGAAAUUUAUAUCGUAACAGAAAUUAUAGAAAUGCAUGAGAUCAUUUAGCAAGCAAAUCAGGCAAUAAAAAAAAUCCGAUUGUUUUUUUUUUCAAUAUCAA